CCCGUGUUUUUUUCAUCUGUUUCACCCGUUUCACCUCACCACCAGUGAUUGUGAAAAUUUGCGUGAAAGAAAGUUCAUAUUUUUGUGGAAUUUGUACUCAGUAGUGCAGUAAAAUUAAUAAAAAUAAUAAUGCGUUGUAUUCUGUGCAUGCGUAUUACAAAUUUCUUUUGAAACUUCAGAAAAUUUAGUGAUUUCUGCUUUGCUGUAAUGAAGCUUCUUAAGCCAGACUGGGUGCAUCAUGAUGAAAAACCAAUAUUUUCCUUGGAUAUUCAUCCAGAUGGUACAAAAUUUGCCACCGGUGGUCAAGGGAGCGAUUCAGGUCGAGUUGUUGUAUGGAACAUUGCCCCCAUAAUUAAUGAGAAGGUGGAAAGAGAUAAGUCUGUGCCAAAGGUAUUGUGUCAAAUGGACAAUCAUCUUGCGUGCGUGAAUUCUGUUCGUUGGAGUAUUAAUGGACAGUGUUUAGCAUCGGGUGGUGAUGAUAAAACAGUUAUGAUAUGGAAAAGAGCCAAAGGAAGUGGAGGAGUAUUUGGCAGUGGGGGCUUCACGAAGAGUGUUGAAAACUGGCGCUGUGUAACAACACUUAGGGGUCAUGCUGGAGAUAUUUUAGACAUGGCAUGGUCACCACAGGAUAGAUGGUUAAGCAGCUGCAGCGUAGAUAAUACAGUAAUAAUUUGGGAUGUAUUUGCGCUACCAUCGAUUGUAGCUAUCCUCAAGGGACACACAGGCUUAGUCAAGGGAGUUGCUUGGGAUCCCGUAGGAAAGUUUAUAGCAUCCCAGAGCGAUGAUCGUAGUAUAAAAGUAUGGAAGACAACCGAUUGGACUUGUCAAACGACCAUCACAGAACCAUUUCAAGAAUGUGGAGGUACUACGCACAUUCUCCGACUUUCUUGGUCACCGGACGGUCAGUACUUAGUUUCAGCACAUGCAAUGAAUGGAGGUGGACCAACAGCACAGAUUAUUGAGCGUGAGGGGUGGAAAUGCGAUAAAGAUUUUGUUGGACAUCGCAAAGCAGUCACUUGUGUACGAUUUCACAAUUCUAUUAUGAUGCGGACGGCGCCUAAGACCAACAAGUCUCAACAGUAUUGCUGUUUAGCUGUUGGUUCACGUGAUCAUUCACUAUCCAUUUGGAUGACAGCACUUCAAAGGCCACUUUUAGUUAUUCAUGAAAUUUUUCAAGAUAGCAUACUGGAUUUAUCAUGGAGCUCUGAUGGAUAUAUUCUAAUGGCAUGCAGCGGGGAUGGUACAGUAGCUUGUUUACAAUUUACCGAUGAUGAAUUAGGUACACCUCUCUCUGAAGAGGAUAAAAAUGCCUUGUACCAACGUAUGUAUGGCAAGAGUGUAAAUGACAUGAAUAUGCAAUCAGAAAAGGACAUGAUAAUAGAGAAUGCUGAACUUCUGGACAAUAUUGUUUGUGAAAAGCAAAAACAGCCAACAUUUAUAACAGAAUUAGAUAGUAGAGUUCAAGAAGAGAAGGGCCACAGUGUGUUACUUCAAAAGAAAACAGUAUCACAUAAUAAGUGUGAUGAAAAAAUACCUGUCGUUAAUUUUUCCAAUGAGUCGGCGCAGUCAAAGCAGGCCAUACACAAACAAAUUGAGACAAGAACAGCAGACGGCAAAAGACGUAUUACACCCAUGUUUAUUCCUAUGAACCAGGAGACAAAUGAAAGUAAUCCAAUUGAGCUUAAUAGCUGCUCACGCAGUAAGAGCUCUAUAAUAAUUGAGAAAGUGAUUCCUAGACAAAAAAUGCCUUUGUAUAUGAUUGAUCGUUCUGAAGAUCAACUUGACUUCCGUCUUACAAAGAGUCUUCCGCCGCCGGCUAGGACGAUUACUUUAAAUAUGGCAAUUGGAAAGUCAACAUGCACUCAAAAUUCUACAAAAUCUGAUUGCACAAACAUUACACGAAAUCUAAUAGCAGGUCGUUCAGAGAUAAUAACAGGAAAUUUUGUGCGUACAGUAAAUGAUUUGCGAAUUCAGGUGGCUAAUUAUGCCAUAAAGUCUCCAUAUGGGAUGCUUUCACGAGUCUUUUGCAUCUCAAAUGCUACGCCUAUGAAUACAGUCUGGGAAAUCUUUUUAGGAUCAUCAGUAGUUAAUUGCAGUGCAUGUUCAAAGUAUAUAAUUAUAUGUUGCCUAGACGGAACUGUGCGGUUCAUCAAUCUUCGUACAGGAGUUCUCACUUUGCCCAUCCUGAAUAUGCCAACAUCAGUUAUACAAAGCGCAUUUAGUUUCUCUGGUGAAUUCGGAGGUGUUGUAUCAGAAUGUGGUUUAGUUCGUGUGUGGAAUUUAGAAAAACAGAAAGUUAUUGUGUCCACAAACUGUUUGGACAUAAUUCGUGGAGGAACUGUCAAAAUGCUAACAGUCACAGAUCGGGGAAUACCUUUCGUCUUAAUUUCUAAUGGAUGUGCAUAUACAUUUUCUACGGAUUUAGAGAGCUGGCUCAUUCUUCAUUCCAAGGAUGUUCUAAAUCAACGCAAUCUAAUAAAUUACAAACCACCUACAAUGGCAGUCCAUAAGAACUUGCGUACUUAUCCAAUAAUGGGAAUUCAGGGAGCAGCACAUUCACUUUUACCUAUGUCACACAGUUUCAUAGAUGUAACAGAAAGUACAUGGGAAAACAUUAGUCAGUUUACAUUCAUUGAAAAUCAAAUUCAACUGUGUGAGACUAUUCAGUCACCCGUGGAACUUAAAUACUGGUAUUCUGCAUUGGGAUAUCACUUGGCAAAUUAUGGCACUGAACAAAGACUGAGACUAACACUUGACGAUCUCCUACGAUCUAUACAUUCCAAUAAUACAGAAAUUUUGGGUAUCAGCAAGUUGACGCUUUUGGAGACAAUUUUGGAAAAUUUGAAAUCAGAGCCAAAAUGGCAGCGUAUUUAUAUGGAGUACACCGAACAGCUUAGUAAUUUACAACUCUAACUAUCAAAAUAUGCAGUAAUAAAUAUUUAAUCGAAAAA